CUGGCGAAUUUUUUUUUUUUUUACUUUCGGUUCUUUCUCAGAAAAUUACUGCCCAAUUUUUCCAGUUUUUAACAGAGAAUUCCUCUAAUUUUUUAUAUCCUUUAUUCUUAGUUCUUAUUGUCUUUCUUAUGUGUUAUGUAGUUGUUCUUUUAAUGGCGCCAAAAGAAGAUAGGAAAGACCCGGCUUGGGCUUACUCUGCAAGAGUUAGCGAGACCAACAAGAUGGCCAUUAGAUGUCUUUUUUGUGAUAAGAUUUCAAAUGGGGGAAUCUAUCGUCAAAAAGCGCAUCUAAUCGGUGGUGAUCCAAAUGUCGCAUCUUGUCCUAAAGUUUCAGGGCAUGUGAAGGAAGAAUUGAAAGCAUUCCUUCAAAAAAAAAAAGAGUUAAAGACUCAAAUGAUUAAUGAACAAGAGCUGUAUAAUCUUGAUGAUGACGAUGAUGAAACAGAAGAAAGUGACAAUGCUUCGUCGCUUCCACCAAAAUCACAAAAGCGGGGAAGGAUGCUUCCACCAAUGUCUUCUAGUUGUGGAUCUACUGGCAAGAGCAAAGGCCCUAUGGAUUGUUACGUCCCGCAAAAAUUUGGAGAUAAGGGAGGAAAAAGUGGUAAUCCUCAAAUUGAUGCCAAAGCGAUUUUGAGGGAUCGUGCAGUUACAAUGUUUGCACGGUGGAUGUAUGAUGCAGGUCUUUUUUUUAAUUGUGUUAAUUAUACCGACACUUUUUCCGCUUUUAUUGAAGUCGUAGGCCAAUAUGGUCCAGGAAUGAAGCCUCCAACUUAUUAUGAAGUUAGAGGGUCAUAUCUAUAAAAAGGGGUGGCAGAUGUGAACAAAAUUGUGGAGGAGCACAAAGUAGAAUGAAACAAGUUUGGUUGUUCCAUUAUGAUGGAUAAGUGGACGGCAAGAAAUAAAAAAAUGAUCAUCAAUAUCUUGGUGAAUUCUCCUAACGGUAAGCAUGUUUCUUGAGUCCAUUGAUGCAAGCGACUCUUCGACUGAUUCAACCAAAAUGUACUCCUUGUUCAAGAGUACAAUAGACUCUAUUGGAGCAGAAAAUGUUGUUCAAGUUGCCACGAACAACGCCAGUGAAAAUGUUAAAGCUGGUGAUUUGAUGUAUGUUGGGAACCCGUAUAUCUAUUGGACUCCGUGUGCAGCACAUUUCAUUAAUUUGAUCUUCGGUGACAUUUUCAAGGAAAGACCCUUCAGUACAGUCUUUAAUCAUGCAAUUAGAAUGCAUUCCUAUAUUGUUCAAAUGUCUUUGUUAUUGAAUAUGAUGAAGAGAUUCACUAAAAAAAGAAGCUUGGUGAAACCUGCAAAAACAAGAUCUGCUACUGCUUUCUUGACUUUGCAUAGGAUGUAUGAGCAAAAAAGCAAUUUGAAGAAGUUGUUUGUUUCAGAUGAGUACACUAAUAAUGCCUAUGGAAAGGAAGCUCGAGGGAGAGAAUCCGCAGAUAUUAUACUUUCUCCUUCAUUCUGGAACAAUGUGGUUCAUGCAUUGAAGUUUGGUGGUCCUUUAGUUAAAGUGCUACGUUUGGUGGUUGGGAGCAAAGGCCACCAAUGGGCUACCUGUACGAAGCAAUGGAUAGGGCAAAGGAGGCUUGAACAAAGAAAAUACAAAAGAGUCUUUGAGAUCAUAUAUAAAAGGUGGGAUAGUAAACUUCAUAGCCCUUUGCAUGCAGCUGGACUUGUUUUGAACCCGGAACUAUUUAUGACAAUGAAGAGAGGAUUCUAGCAGAUAAACCUUUGUGGAAUGGAUACUAUGAAUGUAUUGAGAAGUUGAUACCUGAAGAAUCCGUGCAAGAUAAAAUAACAGAGCAAUUUAGUAUUUAUAGGAAUGUUGGGCAACUUUUUGGAAAAAACAUGGCGAUUAGACAAAGAAAGACGAAGCCACCAGGUGAGCGAGUACUUAUAUGUUGUUUUAUAGUUAAUAAGUUAUUUCUUUAUCAAUAUUAUGUUUUGAAAAUUUGUUCUACCUCUUCAGUUGAAUGGUGGAAGCAAUAUGGUCAUUCCACUCCAGAUUUACAAAAGUUUGCCAUCAAGGUUCUAAGUCUAACAUGUAGCUCAUCCGGGUGUGAAAGGAAUUGGAGCGUGUUUGAGCAUAUUCAUAUCAAAAAGAGGAACAAACUAACCUUGAAGCAUCUCAAUGAUCUAGUCUUCAUUAAGUACAAUAGAAGAUUGAGGCGUCGUUACAACGCUCGCAAUGUAAUUGAUCCAAUUAGUGUGGACAACAUCGAUGAUGCUAAUGAAUGGCUAACUGGAGCUCCGGAAGAUCAUGCAGAUGAAGAAGUAUUUGCGGAUACUUCUGAUUUCAUUUGGGGUGAUGUUGCGGAGGCGCGUGGAAUUGGGGAGAGGAUUUAUGGUUUGAGGGGGAAUACCUCAACUUCAAGUUCACAGAGGAAGGGAAAAGAGGCAGCUACUUUGUCCCUAGUUGAUGAAGAAGAUGACGAGCAAUAUAAUAAUGAUAGUGGAAUACAAGAAUUUGACAAUCUUGUAGAAGAAUAGUAUGCUCAUUUUGUGCUUUAAUUGAUGCUACUCUUUAGUUUUUUAAUUGAAGUAUUGAACAUUUGCUUACAAUUACAUAUGUUGUCUAUGCAUUAUUCAUUUUAAUUUUUUUUUAAAUUCCGCUUCACUUAAAAAAAGCAAGCGCUUCGCUUCUCGCUUCUCGUGAAAUGGGGGUUGUCGUUUUUCCUCGCUUCAUGCUCUUCACAACACUGGUUGUAACUAAGGAAUUAGGAUUAGUUGUUAUUACACUUACAUAAGGCCUGGUUUGUCAGAUCAUCAAGUUAGCAACUUAUACAUCCAUGUGAGAAUAAGUAUGAGAUCUAGAGCCCGUUUGGAUUGGCUUAAAAGAAGUGGCUUUUCAGCAGAAAUAGCUUUUAAGCCAAAAAGCAAUAAGUUGGGGUUGCCCAGCUCAUUGAUUUUGGCUUGUUUUAAGCAGUUUUUUAGUUAUUUUAAGCACUUUUUGACUUUGCCAAACACUGAAAAAAGCUAAAAGAGCUUAAAAGCUGUUUUGACCAACUUAAAAGCCAAUCCAAACACCCUCCUAGAGAGCCCUCUUUUCUUGAAUCUUCUAUCUAUUUGAGACGUGACCUUUAAAGUCAAUAUUACCACACUUACGGGGAAGGGAAAUAACACAUCUUCUGAACCCAAAAAUUAUAGAUUCUUUUUCCGUACUUUUACCGAGAACUUCAUGCUCCACAUGAGAAAUACCACGUAAGAUUUUGUCGCGUUGUAGUAACUUUAAUAUCUGAAUGGAGAAUAUUUCUGUUAAAUU